AUGUGUUGGUUUCAUGUAACGAAAGAUAUCGAUACUCAAUUAAAUGCUAUUAAACAUAAAAAAAUGAAAGCAGAAUUAAGACAAGAUAUUGAAUUUAUGCAAGUUAUUAAAAAUGAAACAAUUUUUGAUGCAGCAAUUAAAUUAUUCCAAAAAAAGUGGAAAUCAAAGAAAUGUCCGCUAAUUAAUAAUUUUAUUGAUUAUUUUAUAAAUGAAUGGUAUAUGUCAAAUAAACGAUGGUUCGAAGGCUUUGUUAUUGGUUAUCCGAGUUCUAAUAAUGCAUGA